UAUGAGCUGUAAAAAAACGACCGAAAAAACCGUUACAAACCUCCAACCCACCGCCAUAUUCCGCGAAACCACCGCCUUAAAAUCUACAUAAAACACUCUCACCGGUAAAGUUUUGCGUACAGAACCCUAAUCCGUCAAUUUUCUCUCUCGUUUCAAUUUCCCUAACUCUAACCCUAGAAUCUCCGAUCAGAUUCUAACAAUUCCGAUCAAAACCCAACCCUAACCCUAGAUGAUGAUUCUUCAAUUUGGGGAUGAUUCUUCAAUUUGGGGAUGAUUCAUCCAUUCACUAGUUUGAGCCACCGGAACAGUGGAGUAAUCUUCCGAAGGACGACAACGUGUUUCAUUGGAGCAUAUCUGGUGAUAUUUCUCUUAGAAACUACUUUUUCCCGAAGUGAAGAUGUUGAUCUAAGUCUUCACUUCGGGAAAAAUUAGGUUUUUAUCGAAGUUUCUUUUAUGGUGUUGAUGAAGAAGAAGAAUAAUUAGUAGCAGAAGAAGAAGUUCGCGGAUAAGAAGACGCCGACGAAGAAGAAAUACUAGGAGUUCGACAACUCCCACUUCAAAAUUUGAGCGAUUGCAAAAUUGGGAUUUUCCCAACAAGUUUUGACACUUGCUACAUCUUCAGAUUGCAAUUAAGGUGCUGCCUGCUUAUUCUCUCUCUUCAAAUCCCAGGAUGAACCAAGAACAAAGCUCCCUUGUUCUACAAUCUUCCUCCAACUUCUCACCACCCGAAGGGGUGAAGUUAUCGUAUGGAACAGCAGGGUUCAGAGCAGAUGCAACCCUGCUAAAAUCAACGGUGUACAGGGUUGGAAUCUUGGCUGCUUUAAGAUCAAUCCAAACCAAAUCUGUGAUUGGAUUGAUGAUCACAGCUUCCCAUAAUCAAGUGUCUGAUAAUGGCAUCAAAAUUGCUGACCCAAAUGGUGGAAUGUUGUCUCAGCUUUGGGAACCCUUUGCUGAUUCCCUUGCCAAUGUUGCUGAUCCCUUUGAACUUGUUCAGCUUAUUAGUGAUUUUGUGAGUAAGGAGAUCAUCCCGCUUGAUAAUGUCCGUUCAGCAGAGAUCUUGCUGGGAAGAGAUACUCGUCCCAGUGGAGAAUAUCUCCUUGAAGCUGCAAAGCAAGUAAUACUUUUCACUUUAUGGGCUUUUGGUUGUUACACUGAUGCUAAUUCUGUAGUUAUUUGAAUGGUCGCCAAAGUUCUAAAUGA